CACUUUACUGAGGAACAAACCACAUCCCACCAUGGAAGACAUCAGAGAGGCUCUAGGAGGUAAUUCAUUUAUAUUUUAUAGCUAAAAUAUAAAACAUGGGCUAUUUAUUAUUAUUAUAAUAUUUUAUUAUUAUUAUAAUCUUGAGUAGUCCAAAGGUCUCCACAAAAACAUGGGCUCUAGGUGCAUGUCUAUUUUCAAACAUUAUUGACCGUUUUUUGACCACAUUCUCAAAGGAAACCUCUGCCGCUGUACUGGCUACAGGCCCAUCAUUGAAGGAUUCAAAACUUUCUGUGAUGUGAGUAAUGCCUUUAACCCAUUUCCACAAGCUAGUUGUUUCAUUCAAAGCACAUGUCUCUUAACCAAAAUGCACAUGUUUUCUCUUUUGAUUACUUUGACACAUGUUCUAUAAAAUGCAUGUGUUACCUAUCACAAGGCAUCAGAGAAUGGAGAGGGAUGUUGCCAGAAUGGAGAAUCAGGGGGAAAGUGUUGUAUGGAUAAUGGAACUAAGCACCACAAGGAUAGUGAUGUGAGUUAAAUACUUUACAUUUUCACCUAAUGAAUUCCAACCUUAUACAGUGGGGAAAAAAAGUAUUUAGUCAGCCACCAAUUGUGCAAGUUCUCCCACUUAAAAAGAUGAGAGAGGCCUGUAAUUUUCAUCAUAGGUACACGUCAACUAUGACAGACAAAAUGAGAAAAAAAAUUCCAGAAAAUCACAUUGUAGGAUUUUUUAUGAAUUUAUUGGCAUAUGAUGGUGGAAAAUAAGUAUUUGGUCAAUAACAAAAGUUUCUCAAUACUUUGUUAUAUACCCUUUGUUGGCAAUGACACAGGUCAAACGUUUUCUGUAAGUCUUCACAAGGUUUUCACACACUGUUGCUGGUAUUUUGGCCCAUUCCUCCAUGCAGAUCUCCUCUAGAGCAGUGAUGUUUUGGGGCUGUCGCUGGGCAACACAGACUUUCAACUCCCUCCAAAGAUUUUCUAUGGGGUUGAGAUCUGGAGACUGGCUAGGCCACUCCAGGACCUUGAAAUGCUUCUUACGAAGCCACUCCUUCGUUGCCCGGGCGGUGUGUUUGGGAUCAUUGUCAUGCUGAAAGACCCAGCCAUGUUUCAUCUUCAAUGCCCUUGCUGAUGGAAGGAGGAUUUCACUCAAAAUCUCACGAUACAUGGCCCCAUUCAUUCUUUCCUUUACACGGAUUAGUCGUCCUGGUCCCUUUGCAGAAAAACAGCCCCAAAGCAUGAUGUUUCCAACCCCAUGCUUCACAGUAGGUAUGGUGUUCUUUGGAUGCAACUCAGCAUUCUUUGUCCUCCAAACAUGACGAGUUGAGUUUUUACCAUAAAGUUAUAUUUUGGUUUCAUCUGACCGUAUGACAUUCUCCCAAUCCUCUUCUGGAUCAUCCAAAUGCACUUCAGACGGGCCUGGACAUGUACUGGCUUAAGCAGGGGGACACAUCUCGCACUGCAGGAUUUGAGUCCCUGGCGGCGUAGUGUGUUACUGAUGGUAGGCUUUGUUACUUUGGUCCCAGCUCUCUGCAGGUCAUUCACUAGGUCCCCCCGUGUGGUUCUGGGAUUUUUGCUCACCGUUCUUGUGAUCAUUUUGACCCCACGGGGUGAGAUCUUGCAUGGAGCCCCAGAUCGAGGGAGAUUAUCAGUGGUCUUGUAUGUCUUCCAUUUCCUAAUAAUUGCUCCCACAGUUGAUUUCUUCAAACCAAGCUGCUUACCUAUUGCAGAUUCAGUCUUCCCAGCCUGGUGCAGGUCUACAAUUUUGUUUUUGGUGUCCUUUGACAGCUCUUUGGUCUUGGCCAUUGUGGAGUUUGGAGUGUGACUGUUUGAGGUUGUGGACAGGUGUCUUUAAUACUGAUAACAAGUUCAAACAGGUGCCAUUAAUACAGGUAACGAGUGGAGGACAGAGGAGCCUCUUAAAGAAGAAGUUACAUGUCUGUGAGAGCCAGAAAUUUUGCUUGUUUGUAGGUGACCAAAUACUUAUUUUCCACCAUAAUUUGCAAAUAAAUUCAUUAAAAAUCCUACAAUGGGAUUUUCUGGAUUUUUUUUCCUCAAUUUGUCUGUCAUAGUUGACGUGUACCUAUGAUGAAAAUUACAGGCCUCUCUCAUCUUUUUAAGUGGGAGAACUUGCACAAUUGGUGGCUGACUAAAUACUUUUUUUCCCCACUGUACAUGUGCAAGAUGCGUUAGGGAAUGGUAUAGUCCCCUUAACCCAACGAGUCCCACCGUAACGCCUGCGUGUUUUGGACUUCUAACCCUUUUUAAACAUUGUGUGUUUGAGCUGAGCUACAGACAUCUGGGUUGUACCAUUGGCUUUGUACAUUUCUUCUGCAUACGUUAGUCUGUGUGAUUAAUGAGGGCUGAGCUAGAGCGGUGUUUGUGAGACAAGGGCGGAUCCCGAAGGGCCCCGUGGCCGGUUCUUUUACAAAAACGUCUGUUGAGUCCAAAUGGUUUCAGCUUCAAACUAUUAACAGCUAUCAAUGAAAAGCUGAGACUGACGGAUACGCAUGUUUUGUGUCUAUUGUGACAUAGUGUCUAUAAUACUAUAAUAAGUUCACAUAGUUGAUGUCACAAACUCCACAGUUGUCACUGACUAGUUGGAUAUUAAUUUCCCAGUGAGCAAACAAUUUCUGUACUUACAGCAUUCAUAUAAAUUCAUUUUGAUAAGGUUUUCGCUUUGGCGGACCUUAUUUUUUUAUUGACAUUUGUGAAUAAAAGUCAUGAAUGCAACUGUUUAUGUGAAAUUGUUUUGUGUACUACUCUACUUGUAGCUCUGGUUGUCCUGAAAAUAAAAUGGUAAAACACUUCAUUGUGUGGCUAAAUAUAAAGGCUGAACAUGCAGAUAAAUGAAAAGCAGAUUUUUGCUGGGGUCUCUGGACUAAUAGUGUUAACCAAAAUGAUACCUUAACACUACUUCAUGUAAAGGUAAUCACAGCAUGUAACUACGGUGGCCCUAAGGGGCAAAGUAGCCUUUUAAAUUGAGUGGCAGUUGCAAUGAUGACACCAGGACAGAAUGAUUGUGUCCUAAAGAAAUAUUUUGAUACCUUGUCAGAUCUCGGAGGAGCUGUUCCAUAUGGACGAUGUUCUACCCCUUGACCCAUCCCAGGACCUCAUUUUCCCUCCAGAACUCAUGGUACGUGAUAUUCAGUCUUCACAGUAAACAGACUUGUCCAUUGUCAACUCAAACAGAACUAACUUGCAGAGAACUUUGCUUUCAUUCUUUUCUAUACCAGCGUAUGGGAAAGAAACGUGCCUGUGGCAGUCUGUGUUUCCAAGGGGAUAGGGUGAAGUUGAUAUCUCCAGUAGAUCUGUCCAAUCUGCUUGAGUUGAAAACAGAAUAUCCUGAAGCCCCUGUGGUGGUUGGCAACACAACUAUAGGUACUAACCUUUUGUUUUGCCAUUUUGCUUUUGUGUUUCAGAACUUCUUUCACUCUACCCUAAAUAUUUUGUUCCCUAAAAAUACACCCAUAUGUUGUAUACGGUACAAUAAAUAUUCAUCCCAAUGACUACUAAGCCACAUUGUAUCUAUUAUGCAUGUAUUUAUUUUGAGCAGGACCAAAUAUGCAAGUGAAAGGAGUCCAUCAUCCUCUCAUCAUCUACGCCGGGAGGGUUUCAGAUUUACAUACUGUGAAGUGGGGGAAGAACGGUAGGUUUAGAAGUGUAUUUAUUGUCCGUUAAUGGAAAUAACUUUUCAGGUUUCUAUAAUCUACUUGCUGUGUGCUCAUGUUCGUGCAGGUGUGAGUGUUGGGGCUGUCUGCACCCUGUCCAGUCUGAAGGAGGAGAUGGAGAGGGCUGUGAGGGAGAUGGAGGCAGAGAGAACCAGGGGGUACCAAGCCCUGCUACAGACCCUCCAGUGUCUAGCAGGGAAACAGAUCCGCAACAUGGCUGUAAGCCCUCUAACUAUUACCCAGAUACAGAUGUUCUAUCAUAAUUUGACCCGUUUCUCACAGCAGGAAAGUCAUCCUGCAGCAACAGGACAUUUGAAUUAUUAUGUGGAUUAUAAUUAAUGGACAUUUUGUAUUUGUAUUGGCUGAUACAUUUUUAGUUAGGAUAAAUCGAUGUUAAAGUGGAAAUUACCAACUUUAGAAGCCUUUUUAAACCUUCAAUACACUACAAUUUGCAUUUCCUGCUGCACAGGAAAAUUAUCUGUGACAACAGAGUGAUCAAAUUAAGAUAGCACACCUGUAUGUACCCUUUUCACACUGUCGUGCCGACCCAUACUAAACUGUGUUGGCUCAGAUAUGCUCUUCUCACAUUGUCCUUUUCAGCAUGGUUCCAGCAAUUAUGGUCAAUGCGUAACCAGGAAAGCACAGACAUUACAGCUUGGCUUGGCUCUAUAGUGUGAAAAGGGUGUCGCUAGGCCACUGUCGUGCAUAGGCCAGUCGUAUGACAUUAGACCACUGCAUUACUCUUGCCUGAAAGCCUUAUUGAUGUGUUUUAUUUGAUUGGUUUUCUCAUGUCCCAUGUCUUACAGACCAUUGGAGGCAAUAUCCUCAGUGCCAACCCCAAGUAUGAUCUCAAUAGUGUUCUAGCUGCCUUGGACUGCACGCUACGGGUCAUGUCUAAAGGUACUGUUGGCCAAAGCAUUGAUUCUCAUUGAUUUUAUCAUUUUCUUUCAGUUCGUGAUCAUUCAAUAUCACAUGACCUAAAUGGGAAGGACAUGGUUGAUCGAGUGAUGAACUAGAUUCAUAGUAUGAAACUGUCUUUUUGUUAUAGAAAAUGGGACAAGGGAGAUCACUCUGAAUGAAGAACUCUUCACUGGCUUUGGCAAGACAGCACUUAGACCAGAUGAAGUCCUCCUGUCCAUUGACAUCCCCUACUCCAAACCAGUGAGGAAUAACUGCUUUACUCUCUCAUACAAAUACCACUCUGGACAUUGAUGAUGACCUUAGUUUACUCUUUCUGUUGUGAAUGUGAUGUCAGCACAAAAGCAUUAUGCUUUAUAUAAAGCUUUGAGUACUGAGGAUUUGGUUAAUUGGUAAGUGAACAUGAAUAAUCUGUUGAGAGGUUUUCAGGUUGGAGAAAUGGUCUGUUGACUGUAUUGAGGUUGUCUGUAUUGAGGUUGUCUGAUAAUUGACUGUAUUGCCUUCGGAAAGUAUUCAGACCCCUUGACUUUUUCCACAUUUUGAUAGGUUACAACCUUAUUCUAAAAUGGAUUAAAUCGUUUUUUCCCCUAAUCAAUCUACACACAAUACCCCAUAAUGACAAAGCAAAAACAGGUUUGUAGAAAUCUUUGCAAAUUUAGAAAAAAUAUAAAAUAUAAAUAUCACAUUUACAUAAGUAUUCAGACCCUUUACUCAGUACUUUGUUGAAGCACCGCGAUUACAGCCUCGAGUCUUCUUGGGUAUGACGCUACAAGCUUGGCACACCUGUAUUUGGGGAGUUUCUCCCAUUCUUCUCUGCAGAUCCUCUCAAGCUCUGUCAGGUUGCUGCACGGCUAUUUUCAGGUCUCUCCAGAGAUGUUCGAUCAGAUUCAAGUCUGGGCUUUGGCUGGGCCACUCGAGGACAUUCAGAGACUUGUCCCGAAGCCGCUCCUGCGUUGUCUUGGCUGUGUGCUUAGGGUCGUUGUCCUGUUGGAAGGUGAACCUUUGCCCCAGUCUGAGGUCCUGAGCGCUCUGAAGCAGGUUUUCAUCAAGGAUCUCUCUGUACAUUUCUCCGUUCAGUUUUCCCUCGAUCCUGACUAGUCUCCCAGUCCCUGCCGCUGAAGAACAUCCCCACAGCAUGAUGAUACCACCACCAUGCUUCACUGUAGGGAUGGUGCCAGGUUUCCUCCAGACGUGACACUUAGCAUUCAGGCCAAAGAGUUCAAUCUUGGUUUCAUCAGAGAAUGUUGUUUAUCAUGGUCUGAGAGUCUUUAGGUGCCUUUUGGCAAACUCCAAGCGGGCUGUCAUGUGCCUUUUACUGAGGAGUGGCUUCCGUCUGGCCACUCUACCAUAAAGGCCUAAUUGGUGGAGUGCUGCAGAGAUAGUUGUCCUUCUGGAAGGUUCUCCCAUCUCCACAGAGGAACUCUAGAGCUCUGUCAGAGUGACGAUCGGGUUCUUGGUCAUCUCCCUGACCAAGGCCCCUCUCCCCCGAUUGCUCAGUUUGGCCGGGCGGCCAGCUCUAGGAAGAGUCUUGGUGGUUCCAAAUUUCUUCCAUUUAAGAAUGAUGGAGGCCACUGCGUUCUUGGGGACCUUCAAUGCUUCAGAAAUGUUUUGGUAGCCUUCCCCAGAUCUGUGCCUCGAUACAAUCCUGUCACGGAGCUCUACGGACAAUACCUUCAACCUCAUGGCUUGGUUUUUGCUCUGACAUGCACUGUCAACUGUGGGUCCUUAUAUAGACAGGAGUGUGCCGUUCCAAAUCAUGUUCAGUCAAUUUAAUUUACCACAGGUGGACUCCAAUCAAGUUGUUGAAACAUCUCAAGGACGAUCAAUGGAAACAGGAUGCACCUGAGCUGAAUUUCGAGUCUCAUAGCAAAGGGUCUGAAUACCUAUGUAAAUAAGGUAGUUCUGUUGUUUGUUUUGAAUACAUUUGCAAACAUUUCUAAAAACCUGUUUUCGCUUUAUGGGGUAUUGUGUGUAGAUUGCUGAGGAAAUUGUUUUAUUUAAUCCAUUUUAGAAUAAGGCUGGAACGUAACAAAAUGUGGAAAAAGUCAAGGGAUCUGAAUACUUUCCGAAGGCACUGUAUGUAUGUUAACUGUAUUAUGUUUGUUGACUGUAGUACAGUAUUUAUUUUGACUUUGAUCUCUGCAGUGGGAGUUUGUGUCGGCCUUCCGUCAGGCCCAGAGGAGGGAGUUUGCCUUCUCCAUAGUCAACGCUGGGAUGAAGGUGGUCUUCAGGGAAGGCACUAACAUCGUGGAGUCUCUCAACAUCUACUACGGAGGAGUGGGACCCACACUGGUCAAGGUUGGACGCACAUGCCAGAAGCUUGUUGGCCGGUAUGCAGACUGACAACAACACACUUUAUAGACAUUGCAGACCUGGGUUCAAAUACAUGAGUAUUUGGUUAUUUAAAUACCUAUUUUCUGUGUAUUUGAGUAUUUUCAAAUAAUGUGGCCCGAAUCAACUGCAAUUUCCUAUAAAUAGCGUACUAUUUGAAAGUUUUUUCAAAUACUUAUUUCAAAUACCUGGUUAAAAUGCAUGGGAGUGUAUUUCAGUAGGGGAUUUGAAUAUUUUCAAAUACAUACCAAUACUUUCAACCUGGACUCCGGGGUAGAUGUAACAUAGUAAAUGUAAUUAGUAUGAUAUGUUACGUUUCGUAUGGUAUUUAUUAAUUUAUGGAUGUCCAUAAUCCAUUUCGUAUUUUAUUUUACAAUUUUAAAUGUGUGUGAUAUGUAACGAAUUGCAAUUCGUACAAUAUGUUGCAAAUUUGCAAACGUAUGAUAUGUCACAAAUUCCAAUUUGUUGUGGCUAACGUUAGAUAGGUGGCUAAUGCUAAUGUAAGCUAGGUGGCUAAUGUUAGCUAGGUUAGGGUUAGGGUUAGCUAACAUGCUAAGUAGUUGCAAAGUUGCUAAUUAGCUAAAAUGCUAAAGUUGUCCGUGAUAAGAUUCAAACACGCAACCUUUGGGUUGCUACACUAUGUGUUACAGUUGAAGUCGGAAGUUUACAUACACCUUAGCCAAAUACAUUUAAACUCAGUUUUCACAAUUCCUGACAUUUAAUCCUAGUAAAAAUUCCCUGUCUUAGGUCAGAUAGGAUUACCACUUUAUUUUAAGGAUGUGAAAUAUCAGAAUAAUAGUAGAGAAUGAUUUAUUUCAGCUUUUAUUUCUUUCAUCACAUUCCCAGUGGGUCAGAAGUUUACAUACACUCAAUUAGUAUUUGGUAGCAUUGCCUUUAAAUUGUUUAACUUUGGUCAAACGUUUUGGGUAGCCUUCCACAAGCUUCCCACAAUAAGUUGGGUGAAUUUUGGCCCAUUCCUCUUGACAGAGCAGGUAUAACUGAGUCAGGUUUGUAGGCCUUGUUGCUCGCACACGCUUUUUCGGUUCUGCCCACAAAUGUUCUAUAGGAUUGAGGUCAGGACUUUGUGAUGGCCACUCCAAUACCUUGACUUUGUUGUCCUUAAGCAAUUUUGCCACAACUUUGGAAUUAUGCUUGGGGUCAUUGUCCAUUUGGAAGACCCAUUUGCGACCAAGCUUGAACUUCCUGACUGAUGUCUUGAGAUGUUGCUUCAAUAUAUCCACAUAAUUUUGGCUCAGUCAGAUCCUGGACUUGAACCCGAUCAAACAUCUCUGGAGAGAACUGAAAAUAGCUGUGCAUUGACGCUCCCCAUCCAACCUGACAGAGCUUAAUAGGAUCUGCAGAGAAGAAUGGGAGAAACUCCCCAAAUACAGGUGUGCCAAGCUUGUAGCGUCAUACCCAAGAAUAAUCGAGGCUGUAAUCGCUGCCAAAGGUGCCAAAGGUGCUUCAACAAAGUACUGAGUAAAGGGUCUGAAUACUUAUGUAAAUGUCAUAUUUCCGUUUUUUAUUUUUAAUACAUUUGCAAACAUUUCUAAAAACCUGUUUUUGCUUUGUAAUCAUGGGGUAUUGUGUGUACAAUGAUGAGAAGAAAAAACAACAAUUUAAUCAAUUUUAGAAUAAGGCUGUACCGUAACAAAAUGUGGAAAAAGUUAAGGGUAUGUUCCGAAUGCACUGGUCAAAAGUUUUAGAACACCUACUCAUUCAAGGGUUUUUCUUUUCUUUUUACUAUUUUCUACAUUGUAAAAUAACAGUGAAGACAUCAAAACAAUGAAAUAACACAUAUGAAUCAUGUAGUAACCAAAAAAGUGUUAAACAAAUCAAAAUAUAUUUUAUAUUUGAGAUUCUUCAAAUAGCCACCCUUUGCCUUGAUGACAGCUUUGCACACUCUUGGCAUUCUCUCAACCAGCUUCAUGAGGUAGUCACCUGGAAUACAUUUCAAUUAACAGGUGUCCCUUAUUAAAAGUUUAUUAUUUAUUUAUUUGUAUUUAUUUAUUAUUUAUUUAUUUAUUUAUUUAAAAGUUCAUUUGUGGAAUGUAAUUGCUUCUUAAUGCGUUUGAGCCAAUCAGUUGUGUUGUGACAAGGUAGGGGUGGUAUACAGAAGAUAGCCCUAUUUGGUAAAAUACCAAGUCCAUAUUAUGGCAAGAACAGCUCAAAUAAGCAAAGAGAAACGACAGUCCAUCAUUACUUUAAGACAUGAAGGUCAGUCAAUACGGAAAAAGUUUCUUCAAGUGCAGUUGCAAAAACCAUCAAGGGCUAUGAUGAAACUGGCUCUCAUGAGGACCGCCACAGGAAUGGAAGACCCAGAGUUACCUCUGCUGCAGAGGAUAAGUUCAUAAGAGUUACCAGCCUCAGAAAUUGCUUCCCAAAUAAAUGCUUCACAGAGUUCAAGUAACAGACACAUCUCAACAUCAACUGUUCAGAGGAGACUGUGUGAAUCAGGCCUUCAUGGUCGAAUUGCUGCAAGGAAACCACUACUAAAGGACACCAAUAAGAUGAAGAGACUUGAUUGGGCCAAGAAACACGAGCAAUGGACAUUAGACCUGUGGAAAUGUGUUACGAGUCCAAAUUGGAGAUAUUUGGUUCCAACCGCCGUGUCUUUGUGAGACGCAGAGUAGGUGAACGGAUGAUCUCUGCAUGUGUAUUUUACACCGUAAAGCAUGGAUGAGGAGGUGUUAUGGUGUGGGGGUGCUUUGCUGGUGACAUUGUCAGUGAUUUAUUUAGAAUUCAAGGCACACUUAACCAGCAUGGCUACCACAGCAUUCUGCAGCGAAAAUAUCAUACUAAUUUAAGUGUCCCAGAUUUACGUUUGCUAUGUCACGUAUGAGACCAGGCUGAUAUAUUCCAAUAUUCAACUUGUCUUUUCAUCAAAUAAAUAUCUGAAUACGUACUUCAAAAUGUACUGUAUGUGAAAGUAAUUGAGAUAUUUGAAAUAGUAUUUGAACCCAGUUCUGAUAACUUUUUAUAAAGAAUUGUAGUUAUGUGCUCUGCGUUGAGUUAAAAUUAACCAAACUGAACUGAACUGGUGAACUUAACUGCCGAUCUUGUGAACUGCAAUUGAAGUGUUGGUUGAUUGGCUCAGGUCCUGGGGGGAGGAGCUUCUGGCUGAUGCCUGCUGGCUUUUAGAGGAGGAGGUGGAGCUGUCUGACUCCGCCCACGGAGGGAAGGUGGAGUAUCGCAAGACCCUUACCACCAGCUUCUUCUUCAAGUUCUACAUGCAGGUCCUCCAGGAGCUCAGAGAGAGGGUACAUAUACAGGACAGGCACAAUCCUUAAUUAUUUUUCAGUAAAACAGCAACGCUGCCACUUGUUUUGCUCAAUCUGAGGGAUGUGACAAUAUUUGAGAAUACCAAUAUUACAUUGGCUCUAAAAGGUGUUUUAUAAUCAUCGUUGCUAUGCUUCAUGUUUCUUGAUUUCUUGAUUUCUACCCAAUUGUGCAGGAUGUGGAUGUGUGUGGAUGUUUACCCCUUGAGUACCUCAGUGCUCUCAAGCCUUUCAAAAAUGAAGUGCCCCAGGGACAUCAGUCUUUCCAGGUUUGCUAUCAACAAUGACUUUUAUGUAAACUGUUACAAAACUUACUCCAAUGGAGGAUGGUUGUAUCCCCAUAUUGUCUGUCUCUUUCCUCUGCAGCUUGUGUCCAAUGCCCAGUCCUCCCAGGACCCUGUGGGCCAUCCCAUGAUGCACCAAGCAGCGUUCCAGCAGGCUACUGGAGAGGCCCAGUAUUACGAUGACAUACCACCUGUCCAGGGGGAACUCUUUGUCUUCAUGGUGACCAGCACCAGAGCGCACGCCAAGAUCAUGUGAGUCUAUCUUCUAUGGUAGUGUGUCAUUAUGUGACUGUUUUUGGAUUGGCCAUACAAACCUUUACAGUUGGAUCUGUAUGAUAAGAUAAUCACCUAAAUCCAGACUCGUCUUUUUGAAACUGCAUGUUGUUGUUUUCUUCUUUUUUUUUGGGGGGGGGGGGUCUCCCCUUUUUCGUGGUAUCCAAUUGGUAGUUACAGUCUUGUCCCAUCGCUGCAUCUCCCGUACGGACUCGGGAGAGGCGAAGGUCGAGAGCCAUGAGCCCUCCGAAACACGACCCUGCCAAGCCGCACUGCUUCUUGACACACUGCUCACUUAACCAGGAUCCAGCCACACCAAUGUGUCAGAGGAAACACCGUACAACUAGUGACCGUGUCAGUGUGCAAGCUCCCGGCCCGCCACAGGAGUCGCUAGAGCGCAAUGGGACAAGGAUAUCCCGGCCGGCCAAACCCUCCUCUAACCCAUACGACGCUGGGCCAAUUGUGCACCGCCUCAUGGGUCUCCCAGUCGUGGCCGGCUGUGACACAGCCCGGGAUCGAACCCGGGUCUGUAGUGACACCUCGAGCAAUGUGAUGCAGUGCCUUAGACCGCUGCGCCACUCGGGAGGCCGCAUGUAGGUUUUCUGAUCAUGUGUCUUUAUUCCACUUCAAAACCAGCAACAUUGACCCAUCUGAAGCACUUGGCAUGACUGGGGUAGUCACGUUCCUAUCAGCUGGUGACGUCCCUGGUCAGAACCGGCGGAUGUGGUUCAAUAACCCAGAGGAGCUCUUUGCUGAGGAAGAGGUAGGCUAUCGUACUGUACCCUCUCACUACCAUGCCUAGUCUGUAGCACCGUACCAUAGACAGACAGAAAGUAUGACCAUGGCAAUGACUGAGGAUGAUAAUUGAGAAUGGAGAACCGCUGUUCUAAUGGUAUUUCUGAUUAGGAGAGGUCUAUUAUACUGUAUAUUGUCUUACCAUGGUGGUUUUUGAUUGAUUGAUUCGUUUGUUGAUUGAUUGGUUGUUCCUGUACAGGUGUCUUGUGUGGGGCAGAUCAUUGGGGCCGUGGUAGCAGAGAGCAGAGAACAGGCCAGGAGAGCAGCUCAAAGGGUAAAGGUUACCUACCAGGAUCUACUUCCUGUCUUCUUCACUAUAGAAGAGGCCAUCCAGCAUCAGUCCUUUUUUGACCCAAAGAGGAAGCUGGAGAGAGGAGACGUGGACAAAGCCUUUGAGACUGUGGAUCAGAUUCUGGAGGGUAAAACACAAUGGAUUACAUCUGUGUAGCUGCUUCUUCUAAUGCGAGUUCAUGUCGUCAAAUGUCUUGAUGAUAUGUGAUUGUGUUGUGAGCAGAUGAGAUCUACUUGGGAGGUCAGGAGCAUUUCUACAUGGAGACUCAGGGCCUUAUUGCAGUGCCCAAAGGAGAGAAUGGAGAAUUGGAGCUGUUCGUUGCCAGCCAGCAUGCAGCAUACACUCAGGUUAGACACACAUAAACUAUCUAUGUUUUGGUUUUCUUCUCUGUUAUGUAGCUAGCUACAUUGGAUAUGGGCAUCUUGUUAACCCGCCAAUCGGAAUCUUUGAUUUUUGACACACUACUACCAUCUGAGUGCCCCAAUGCUGGUUGAUUGGUAUGAUCAGACAAAAAGUAAUCCAAUCGAAAAGUUAUACCAACUUCUUAUUUGAAUGUCCUUUGUUUUGUCUCUGCAACCCCAGGAAGUGGUAGGAAUCACUCUGGGCAUCGACUCCAACAAGAUCACAUGUCACGUGAGGAGGUUGGGGGGAGCGUUCGGGGGCAAAGUCAUGAAGAUCGCCUCCCUCUCUGCUAUCACUGCCACAGCUGCAGUCAAGUAAGAGCUUUCAACGACAGUGUUGAUAACACACAUUAGUAGAAUAUAAUACAUUGAAUACUUCGAGUAAGUAUGCCUAUGUUUUCAUUGUAGAACAGGGCGAGCAGUACGCUGUGUUCUGGAACGUGGAGAUGACAUGCUGAUCACCAGCGGCAGACACCCCUUCCUAGGAAAAUACAAGGUAUUGUAGAGUAGCCCUCUCAGAUGAGCAUCAUCAACAACAACUGUAUCAUCAGUGGAAUUUUACCUCAGCAUUUCUAACGACCGGUUUUCUCUUAGGUGGGAUACAACAACGAUGGAACCAUCAUGGCAGCGGACAUCACCUACUACAGUAACGGGGGGUGUACCCUGGAUGAAUCAUCAUUCGUAAGCUUGUUAAGAACUUUGAAUUCAAUACUGUGUAUGACUCAAAUGUUAUCUGAGAUUGUUCAAUAUAUUGCCUGGUAUCAGUUGAAAAGUCCUAGACAACAAGGACUGAUGAUUCUCACCACGUUUAAAAAUGGACAGCAGAAACAUAACCUAAAAUAAGACACAUUUUAAUUUCCAUGUAAUGUGCUGUGAUUCAGAUCAUGGAGAAAGCCCUGCUCCACAUGGACAACGGCUACAGGAUCCCUAACCUGCGUGGGCGUGGCUUGGUGUGUAAGACCUACCUGCCCUCUUACACGGCGUUCCGAGGCUUCGGAGGACCCCAGGGACUCAUGGUGAUGGAGAGCGUGCUGCACGAGGUGGCUGUCAAAUGUGGCCUCCCUCCACAGAAGGUUAGUGAGAGGUUACUGGAGGGUUCAGGGUCAUGUUCAGUUAGUUAAUUACCCACCUUUCAUCUAUCCGUCCAUCCAUCUAUCCGUCCAUCCAUCCAUCCAAUCUUCCUACUGAAGAUUCAUGUGUCUCUGCAGGUGAGGGAGAUCAACAUGUACCGGGAGGAGGAGUGCUACACCCACCACAAGCAGCUCUUCUCCCCCCGCGACAUGCUCCGUUGCUGGGACGAGUGUCUAGACAAGGCUGGGUACCACGAUCGCCUCCAGGCCAUCCAGCAGUUCAACACCUACAACCGCUGGAAGAAGAAGGGCAUCUCUGCUGUGCCUAUGAAGUUUGGCGUCGGGUUCUCCAAAGGCUUCUACAACCAGGUGAGGAUGAAGAACUCCCUUUAAAUAUAUGGCAAAUUUAGAAUGCCCCAUGUUCAUGUUUCCACUGUGCUAGGAAGAUGAUAAUGUCAGUUCUUGAACUGAACAUGCUCUGACAAAGGACGUUGUAGACUGAAAGCUUAGCUCAUUAAACACUGUAACUUGUGAUUGGUUCAGGUGUGCGGAGACUGCUUUUCAUAGCUGUAAGCAUUGUAAGUUACUGUAUAGAAAGAACUUCUGGAGUAUAAACUGUGUUCAUCCCCAUAGAGAUACAAUAUAACAGUUGUUCAUGAUCUUGUUCCACCUCUGCUCCAGGGUGCAGCUCUGGUGAACGUCUACAAGGAUGGCUCGGUGCUAGUGACACACGGGGGCACAGAGAUGGGUCAGGGCAUCAACACCAAAGCCCUCCAGAUCGCCGGUCGUAUCCUGAAGGUGCCGAUGUCCUCAAUCCACAUCAAAGAGACCUGUACAGGCAACGUUCCCAAUGCUGCACCCUCAGCAGCCUCCUUUGGCACAGACGCAGUGGGCAUGGCAGUCAAGGUAUUUCAACGUAGCCUGGUCUCCGAUCUGUUUGUGUUGUCACGCCAGCUCUUAUGGACAAUGACCAUUGGAGUUGGCAAGACGGCACAAACAGAUCUGGGACCAGGCUAGCUCCAACGAUCUGUUCUCACAGGCUUCUCAUAGGGUUAUAAAGACAUACGGUAUAGAUGUGUUUAUUGUACUCUUACCAACUGGUACUGUGUUUUGAUUUCAGGAUGCUUGUGAGAAACUGAUGAGGCGCUUGAAGCCAGUCAUGGAAAAUCAUCCCAAAUAUACGUGGCAACAAUGGGUAAUCAACAAACAUCCACCAGACUAUAAUAAACUCAAUAUAAUGUUGUUUUUGUGUCAAUCUCCAUAAUGGUAUAGCAUACAAUAACUUGUGUUCUUUCCCACAGAUUGUUGAGGCUUAUUGCCAGAAGGUCAGCUUAUCUGCAACUGGCUUCUUCUUGUACGUACCCUGUCAAUACUGUAGACUGUAGUGUGUAAUGAAGCAAUGUAACGUAUCACUGACUGUUAUCACUGAAAUGGCACGAUUACGGUGCUCAUAUUAGGAAAGUCUCAGUCAUAAGUAGGCUAUCCUAAUAUGGGCACCAUAUGGGUUUCAGGGGACCUCACACGGGUGUGGACUGGGAGAACAGCGAGGGGUCAGCCUACUAUUACUUCACCUUUGGGGCCUGCUGCUCAGAAGUGGAGAUCGACUGUCUCACUGGAGAUCAUAAAGUACAGUAGUAUUACCUUUUGUCUACAUCAGUGAAAUGUUCGUUAACACUUUACAUCAUACCUGCAGGCAUAAUGCUUUAUAACUUGCAAUAAGCAUGUAUGAGCCUUUAUAAUGUCUUAUAUGUUAAGUCUCAAGGACGUCAUUGGCUUAAUACAAUUAACUGUGUGUGUGUUACAGAAUCUCAGAACAGAUAUCGUGAUGGAUGUUGGGAGGAGCCUCAACCCAGCUCUAGAUAUAGGACAGGUACAGUAUGUCUGGCACUCACAGCUUUGGUGGCUAUAUAUUUCUACAGUACUAUGGACCUAUAUAGGAUGUAUUCAGUAGCAUACAUUCCAAUAUGACUGGAGACCUUCAAGUUAACAGGAUGCUAUAUAUUCCAGAUCGAGGGAGGCUUCGUCCAGGGCAUAGGCCUGUACACCAUAGAGGAGCUGCAGUUCUCUCCUGAAGGGGUUCUGAUGACCAGGGGUCCAUCCCAGUACAAGAUUCCUGCCCUCUGUGACGUCCCUCCUCAACUUAAUGUCCACCUGCUGGCCAACGCACAGAACCCACAUGCCAUCUACAUGUCCAAGGCAAGAAAAACGACAUCACGUGACACAUCCAUAAAGGCAUAA